AUGCUACCCAUUGGACCGCCCAUGCCGUACAUGCUACCCAUUGGACCUCCCAUGCCGUACAUGCUACCCAUGGACAUGCCCAUUGGACCUCCCAUGCCGUACAUACUGCCCAUGGGCAUGCCCAUUGGACCUCCCAUGCCGUACAUACUGCCCAUGGGCAUGCCCAUUGGACCGCCCAUGCCGUACAUGCUGCCCAUUUGUGAACCGUACAUACUGCCCAUGGGCAUAGGACCGCCCGCAGGACCGCCCAUACCGUACAUGGAACCGUAG